AUGAACAUAUUGCAUAUUAGUGCUACGGUCUGCUCUUUCGUCAGUCUCCUGCUGCUCCUCAUUUCCCUAGGCACAGACUACUGGGUGGAAAUAGGGAAUCGACAUGCAGGACUGUGGAAUUUGUGUGUAGAUUCCUUAUGUGUUCCAUUUGGGAUGGAUGUAUUAGGUCCAGAUCAUGUCACGCGCGCUUUUCUCUUCAUUGGGAUGGUUGCUGGUGCUGCCUCUUCCUUUGGUCUAGUUGCUGCAAUUUUUAAGACUCAUGUGGGCCCCAUUUCUCUGGUUCAAAUGUCACGUGCAACCAGCAUUGCUGCAGGUCUUGCUGCUGUGAUUGCUAUGGCCACUUUCACCCGGGCUUCAUUGGGUUCACCCGUCUAUUAUAGCUGGUCAUUUGCCUUGGGAUGGGCCUCCUUUCCACUCUUCAUAAUCACUGAAGUGGGCAGCAGCAGAACAAGUAAAGGGCAUUUUCCCUCUUCACAUCUCUCUACCAAGCUGCAUUUUGACACGCCAGAGGUUUGGGUGCAGAAACCAGUGGUGCCACUAGGUGAGGUGCUGGGGACACGGACCACACCGGGUGGGGUGUCACUUGAUGGGAUGGUACACCUGGAGGAACUGGCAUUGCUACUGGGCAAACUCACUCAAACUGCACAGUCCACGGACCAGGAGACUGAACUAUCACCUGCCAUGAGUUGCUGGAGGAACACUGCUGUGGUCUUCUCUUUCGUCGGUUUUUCACUACUCCUUGCUGCCCUGGCUUCAGAGUUCUGGGUGCAAGGCCAAUAUCACAUGGGGCUGUGGAAAUUUUGCCAAAACGGUUUCCGAUGUGUUUUACUUGACAUGGAUGUACCAGGCUACAUUCAUGCCACAAGAGCCUUCCUGCUGACUGCAGUAGUGGCUGGUGCUAUCUCCUUCUUUAGCCUUUGUUUCUUAUGUUGCUCCUCGCAUUCUGGCUCCAAAACCCUGGUCAGGACUUCAGCUAUAGCCAGCUUUAUUGCAGGUCUGUGUGCUUUUGUUGCCAUGGCUAUCUUUACAGGGGUAUACUCGGAGCAGUACCAGUGGAAGUUUCACACGUGGUACGACUGGUCCCUUGGUGUGGGCUGGGGCUCUGUUCCUCUGUACCUUCUAGCUGGUGAGUAUGUGCACAACAGGAAUGUCAAUAUCUCUUAA